UUUUCCUGAACAAAGCUUCUUCUCUUAAUUCUGUAGUGACCAUGGCCGUUCUUAAAGUAAAAUUCACCAAAACCAAGCGAGACAAGCUGGCUCAAAUCCUAUGGAUUCUCAACUGGUUUUCUGUGAUAUCUGGUGCAGUUGUGUUCAGCCUUGGACUCUUCUUAAAGAUCGAAAUAAGAAAACGCAAGGAAGUGAUAGCAAAAUGGGAUAUUAACUCUGUUCCAAAUAUUUUAAUUUCUAUUGGAGCCAUAGUUUGCAUGAUCAACUUUUUUGGAGGUAAAAUAUGUUAUGACUGCACGGAUGCCAAUAAAUUUAACCGCUGGAAGCUGAUCAUGUUCCCUUACAUUGUAUGCACUCUCUGUUUUACCUUCUGCAUUUUUGUGGGUGCUAUUAUGUGCUAUACUAUGAGAAAUGAAUUAGAAGAAUCUCUAUAUCUGGGAUUGGGAAAUGCUAUUAAAUUCUAUAAAGAUACAGACAUUCCUGGAAGAUGCUUUUUGAAGAGAACUAUAGACACUUUGCAGAUCAGAUUCCAGUGCUGUGGAAACAAUGAUUUUAGAGAUUGGUUUGAAAUUCAGUGGGUAUCACCUCGUUAUCUGGAUAUGACUUCAGAGGAUGUUCUAGACCGCCUAAAAAGUAAUAUUGAUGGGAAAUUCUUGGUGGAUGGAGUCCCCUUCAGUUGUUGCAAUCCUAACUCGCCCCGGCCCUGUAUCCAGUACCAGCUCACAAACAACACUGCUCACUACAGUUAUGAUUUUAUGACAGAAGAACUUAAUAUCUGGAUGAAAGGAUGCAGGGAAGCCCUUCUGGAUUAUUACACUGACAUCAUGAGAUCCAUCGGCAUCACCACAUUUGUCAUUUGGAUGUUUGAGCUACUGGUCCUCCUUGGAGUUCGUUAUCUUCAAACAUCAAUGAGGAACCUUCUUCUACAGGCGGAUCCACUCUGUGAUUCUGAUGGCUGGUUAUUUGAAAACAGUUUUGUGGAAACUGCCAUGUGGAAUAUCAACCAAAUUAAACAUCGUGGCAAAGGGAACCAAAUAUCCAGCGUUUUGGAUAAUUCUAAUAUGAAUGUUUGCACUGCAAACCACAAUUCAGAAAACGCUCCUCCCAAAUAUAUCCCUGCAGCUUAAUUGAAUGUAAUACUAAAGACUUGGCAACUGCAAGGCUGCCAACCUAGCAAAGCAGAAAGAGGCAGUCAGUUUGUAUGUUGUGCUAUGCCCUCGCUGUGUCAUACAUCAGUUUGCUUGCUUGCUUUUGUUCCUCCCCACCUUAGAAAUUCAUUUUGACUCUCAAUCCUUAAAGAGAUGGUGUU